AUGUAUACGGACACAGAUCAAGAUCCAUACAACGCUAAACGAGGGCUGCUAUUCUCCCACAUUGGUUGGCUACUCGGACUCAAUGAAGCCAUAUGGGGUCCAGUCGACUUGUCAGAUCUCAGGGAGGAUCCAGUGGUUAUUUGGCAAGACCGAUUAUAUUGGCCUAUUGUCAUCGCGGCCGGCAUUCUUCUUCCUGGGAUGGUUGCGCAUUACGGCUGGGACGACUGGAAAGGUGGAAUGUUAUAUGCGGGUCUAUAUCGGAUCAUCGUGACGCAGCAUAUUACUUUCUUGAUCAACUCAGUGGCUCACGCAUCCUGGGCUGGGACUCAACCCUACUCUUCAAGCACAACCGCACGGAAUGUUCCCCUUCUCGCCGUUAUCACACUUGGGGAAGCCAACCACAACUUUCAUCACACAUUCCCGACCGAUUACCGGAAUGGAGUCAGUUGGACAGAGCCAGACUUCUCGCGAUGGAUUAUCUGGCUAUGGGGGAAACUUGGGUUGGCGACUGACCUAAAAAGUGCCACCCCUCUUCAGAUAGAACAAGCUCGUCUGACCCAGCGGAAAACAAGGAAGGAACGCCAAGGUGGUCAAAAGGCGAAGACUCGGGCUUUGUCCAAGCUGCCGCAGAUUAGCUGGGAAGAAUACAUGACGCAGUCUGAGGAUGGCAACUUCCUGGUCGCCAUAAAUGGGAUUAUUUACGACGUGGCAACCUUUAUGAACGAUCACCCCGGAGGUCGCGAUCUAAUCCAGCAAUCCCUUGGGAAAGAUGCGACCGUUUUAUAUUACGGAAGUCACCUACAUUCUCCACAGGCUGAGGAUAUUCUGCAGAGUCUACAAGUGUUAAGAUUGGAAGACCCCUGUCGCUGA